UUCACCACCGGAGUCGAAGAUCCAAUUAUGAAGGUGGUCAACAAAGUGCUGCUGGCCAGGCACUAUUACUUCAGUGUAUUUAUGAUGAUGGAUAAGAUUGGAGACAUGGAGCCUGUCUAUGAGAUGUGUCGCUUUCUAGGCGAGUAUCAGUUUGAGAAUUCGCUGCUGUAUUUCGAAUCGAUGGAUGGAAGUAAUCAGCUCUUUGGCACCGCAAGAUAUCCCGCAAAGCAAAUUGAGAAUCGCACAGAUCUCACAAGGUAUUUCCAAUGUAAACGCAGGGAAAUGGUUUACGCUCAAAUGGAUGUGAAAGGUUUCAGUUUUGCGACACCAUUGCGAGAGGACGCCCCACAUUUAUUCGAGGUUGGCGGACACUAUGAGGGCAGCACCUAUCGCAUCAUAGAAACAUUUGUUCAGCAUCUCAAUGGAAGCUUCACUAAGCUGGAACUACCCAAGGAUGCACUUGGCGGUCAGGUGGUUAAUAUGAAGCUAACCCUGGAGCUGGUGCGUCAACGUCGCAUUGAGUUCUCCGCCCAUGCCUACGCGCUCUUCAGGUCCGAUGAUGAGCUGGAGAAGAGCUAUCCUCUGCUCGUGGUGCGCUGGUGUUUGAUGGUGCCGUUGUACAACAAGGUCUCCACUUAUUUGUAUGCUGUGCAGCCCUUCUCUGGCGUUGUGUGGUUCUUCGUGGUUGGCGCUUUUGUGGCUCUGCUGUCGCUGGAGCUGCUCUGGAUUUGGCUGUCCUCGGACAGUGCUGCAGAAUCCUUCAUUGCCGCCUUGCUCAACUCUUUCUGCUACAUAAUCAAUAUAGCAACAGGUCGGCAGUUGAUGCAGCCAUCAAUACUGCGAAUUCUGCUUUUAGUCACCGUCUUUUUCCAUGGCUUCUUCUUGUCUGCGUACUACACUUCGACACUCGGCAGCAUUCUGACUGUGAAUCUGUUUCACGCUCAGCUCAACACAAUGGAUGAUCUGGUGGAGGCGCAACUGCCAGUUAUGAUCAUCGACUAUGAAUUGGAGUUCCUUUUGGAAAUGCAGUCUGAUCUUCCGACGGAGUUUCGCAAACUUCUACGACCUGUGGACAGCGGAGUUUAUGCUCAGCAUCAGAUGGCUUUCAACAGCUCGUAUGCUUACUUUGUGACCGAGGAUACUUGGCAGUUUUUGAAUGAACAGCAGCGGCACUUGAAGCAGCCUCAUUUCAAGUUUAGCGACAUUUGCUUUGGUUCCUUCCACCUUACCUAUCCCAUGCAGAUGGACUCAGACUACUGCACAUUUUGCGUGCACUCCUCUGGGCUGCCUAAUUAUUAUGCCAUAAUUAUUAUUGCCCCCUCCUUUCCUAUUCAGCAACUAACAUACGUACAUAGCUUAUAUAUAAAUUAA